AUGUUGUCAACAUCCUUACGCCGGGCGGCAUGGACUCCCAUGCCGCUUUCCGGUAUAACUCGCUCCGGUCAAAAUCUUACCAGCAGCUUGCUCGGCGCAACCCGACCUCUGCACCAACGCCGGUAUUCCUCCUCAUCCUCCAAACCGCCCGUCCCGCCCAGCGAUGGCUCCCGACGAAUGGACACCUCUGCCCCGGCAAAAGGAGUCAACUCAUCUAGCGAGAAGAGCAAGGCUAACCGCCGUCGGGGGAAGGAUAGCUCUACCCGAAACGGAUCUUCAAAGUCUAGUCAACAUACGGCAUUUUCCAACCUCCCAAGUGUUCCAUCGACACAGCACCGACAGCCACAUGAUGUUCAUAUAGCGUCGUUCUUCUCCAUCCACCGGCCAAUCUCGGUGACGACCACUGUGCCCCCCACCUCGAGCACCGAUGCCUUCGAAGCGAUCUUCUCGUCAAAGCGUCCGCUGAAGAAUGAACCGGAAGACGUCAUCUUCACUCUUUCAUCGGCCGUGCAGUCGAUGGAAACUGGUUCUCAAGGCAUGUCAGAGUCUGAAGACCAGUUUCGGAGCUUCAGCGAACAGGACGGCGAACUCCGCAUGCUUGAUGGCCCCGACUCAAAGAUGUCUGUGGAGGAAUUCACCCGUCGUCUCCGCCCAUUCCAGCCUCCUCCCCCGCCCGUCGCCAUGAACACAUCCGCUGCCGAGAUUGCCGAGACUGCCGAGACCAUCGAUGCCCAGGUCGACAAUGAGUAUCAAACCUACUCGACCGUCCUGACUAUUCGCGAGGCUCGUCAUGCCGACGGCCGCAAGACCUAUGAGGCACACACGGGACCUUUCGUUCGCAGCGGAGAGAUGGAAGACCCAUCUGAUAUGCGCGACGAGAUCUCUAUCGAGGCUCCCUCUGAUUCCGCUGCGGGUAUGACAUAUAUGGAACGGCUGCGCAACAACCGCACCAUGCAUGCUAUCAGCACCAUGAGACGGCGCAAGGCUAAGAUGAAGAAGCACAAGUUCAAGAAGCUGAUGAAGAGAACGCGUACUCUAAGACGGAAACUCGACAAGUAG